UUCAUUCUCCCUCGUCUUCCUCUAAUUAAUUCUUCCCUCUAUUUCUCUCCGAGCCUUCCAUUUCCCUACAUUUCCUCUUUUCGUUUAGAUUCACACGAGAGGGAGAAUUAUAUGCAAAGAUUACGUGCAAGGCAACAACCACUAGCAUCGGGAGAAGAAGAACUAGAACAGGAAAAAUGGCAUCUAAUAUGGGGAUGAUGGACUGCGCAUACUUUGUCGGCAGGAAUGAGAUAUUGACUUGGAUCAACAAUUGUCUUCAACUCAAUCUCUCUCGCAUUGAAGAGGUUGCGUCUGGUGCUGUUCAAUGUCAGAUGAUGGAUUUGACUCAUCCAGGAGUUGUGCCAAUGCAUAAGGUGAAUUUUGAUGCCAAGUCUGAAUAUGACUAUAUCCAGAACUACAAAGUGCUACAGGAUGUAUUCAACAAGUCAAAAAUCGAAAAGCAUAUCGAAGUGAACAAGCUUGCUUCAAAAUCAUUGCAAUCAAAUAAUUCCCAUCAUCAUUCUGCCACAGUUGACUCAGGACCAAAGCCAAGUAGGGGAAGUACUGGGUCAAUAGGGGGCCAUAAUUCAUCAGUAGAUAUCCAGGCGUUGUCGAAUGAGAUUACAGGUUUGAAGUUGUUGGUGGACCUACUGGAGAAAGAGAGAGACUUUUACUUUGCGAAGCUACGAGAUAUAGAGAUACUUUAUCAGAUCCAAGAGCUGCAAGAGCUUCCUGUGGCAGUUGCUAUCAAGAAGAUACUAUAUGCAGCCGAUGCCAAGGAGCCCGCACUCGAGGAAGCUCAAGAGUAUCUGGCAGAAGCAUUGAACGCUAAUGAAGAAGAAGGAGAGGAAGCCUGAGCUCUGGGGAGAUACUGAGCUAGCAUAGGUGCUUAAAGGGAAGUCUAUUCCACCACCUCUCCAAACCAAGAAAGCGCCAACAAGGACCUUUAAACUCGCUAUCGAGGGGCGCUUGUUGAUCAUAUGUUGGAGAAGAAACUAGUAAAGAGGUUGUGCUCCUGUCAUGGUCAAUGAUCAAGUAUCCUUGAUAUGAUGUGGAAGAUACCAAUCUUCUUUGAGUUUUUUAAUAUACCAGUUGACCAGCUUGUACAUCGGAUGUGUGUAUUGUAUUGUUGAAAGAGGUUGUAUGUGAUGGAGCCUGUAAGUUUUUUUGGGUAGGAAAACAGAAAAUAUUUGCAAUUUUAGGGUCAUCCUUAAUCGUAACACUGGUCUCAGUUAAGCCACAGAUGGAGUGUUGGGCUUUGGUUUAAACUAAAUAAAUGCUUAUCUUUCUA